UGCGGCUUUCCCGCUCACAGCGAUUCUGACGAGGCGAGGCGAGCUUUCAAUGAAACAGACCUAAACAGAAAUAAGAGAAGAGCUCUGGAAAUAAACACACACUCCAGCCGUUCCUUCAUCUGAGCGACGUGUCCCGCCGUGCGCGCAGCCGCCCUGCUGCUCGUGCCCGCGCUGCGCGGCCGUGUGAUCGUGAGUGCGCGCGCGACUGUGUCCCGUUUUAACGGCUGUCAUGUCCAAACUGGAGCAGAUUCUGAUCCUCGACCCGCCGGGCGACCUCCGCUUCAGAGGACCCUUCACAGAUGUGGUGACCACUAACCUGAAGCUGAGGAACCCGUCUGACAGAAGAGUAUGCUUCAAAGUGAAGACCACAGCUCCUCGGCGCUACUGCGUGCGGCCCAACAGCGGCGUCAUCGAUCCCGGCGCCACCGUCACCAUCUCCGUCAUGCUGCAGCCGUUUGAUUACGACCCUAACGAGAAGAGCAAGCACAAGUUCAUGGUGCAGUCCAUCUUCGUGCCGCCCAGCGUGAGCGACCUGGAAGCCAUGUGGAAAGAUGCCAAGCCGGACGACCUGAUGGACUCCAAGCUGCGCUGCGUGUUUGACAUGCCUUCAGACAGUGAGAAGCUGAGCGAGCUGGAGUCCACCAAAGCCUCGUCUGCUCUGAACGCCUCGAAGGCCGCCGGCAGUCUGUCCACGGACGACACGGAGAUGAGGAAGCUCAUGGAGGAGAGCAGGAGACUGCAGACAGAAGUGGGGAAGCUGCUCGACGAGAACCGCCAACUCAAGGAUGAAGGGCUGAGGAUGAGGAAGGCCAAUCAGUUCGACAGCUCCGUCUCCAAGUCUUCGGCGGCGAUGCUGAGCAAAGAUCCCGCCUCCAGAUCGCUGCCGUCGCUGCUGGUGGUCAUCGCCGCCAUCUUCAUCGGGUUCUUCCUCGGGAAGUUUGUCUUGUAGAGUUCUGCCAGAGCGGACCGUGCGCUCUUGUCGAUAAGCGUGGCGUCUGCGCAGACGAGCCCCACGGCAGCGGAAAUAAAAGUGUCUGUGUACAGGAUCAUUCAAACAGGCCUUGCCUUUCUCACACGGUUAGUACACACACACACUCACCCACACUCACACACACACACACACACACUCACCCUAACACAC